UCGACUCGUUGAUAUUUUGGUCUCUCAUAUUUGCCCAAAGGCCAUUUGAAAGGCCCCGACAUUGUCGGUGUGCCACGGCCAUACGCUCUGUGCUCUUCUCUCUAUCCGCUGCCUCUUGAUCCUCUCACCGCUGUCGCUCGCCAUCCACGCCGGCCCUCGUCGAAACCUCGCCGCAAGGACUCGACCGCAUCCACCUCCGCUGCCCAACUCCUGCAUCUCUGGCGUUCUGAAAGGCGAUUUUCGCAACGAUACCCAAUUCUUUGACACGACCGUUUCCAUAUCAGCUCCACGCUACUUUCCUUGGUCUAUUCCUAUCAGAAAAACAAAGCAAUAACAAGGCCCAAUCCGUCAGGCCGGCCCUGCGACUCACCCCCACCACAAACCGCAUCCUUCUGCGCUCGACCGACGUAUCUCCGCCGGCCCCGCUCCCAAUUCGUCAGGUAUGGUAGUCAAGGAAGAUGGGACCAAAUGGGCAUGCCAAUCGUGCCUAAAGGGUCACCGUGUCAGCGGCUGCACCCAUACCGACCGUGAGCUCUUCUUCGUACCCAAGAAGGGCCGCCCCAUCACCCAAUGCCCGCACUGCCGAGCCGAACGCAAGAAGCGAUCAUCCCAUGUCAAGUGUGAUUGUGGAGAGAAAUCCCACUCCAAGGAGAAAUGCAUCCACCUCCGCGAAGCCGAAGCCAAAGCUGCUGCUGCCGCUGCCGCUGCCGAAUCAGGCAUACCCUUGCCACCUUCGUCUACGUCUGGAGAACACCACUCGCCUGAUCUCUACCCUGUCGCCGAAGAAUCACCAUCGUCCGACGAACACCGCUGUUGCUGCCCUCACGGCGGAAAGUGUAUUUGCUCGAGCCUCAAGGAGUCCUCCCCUGAAGACGCCAAGGACCAUAAGGAGCCCAUCAAAGUCUCGCCCAAGAAGGAUACCACCAAAGAGACGUCUACUGUACCAACCAAGUCGCUCAGCCAACGCAAGCCACGACUCACGUCUCAUCAGUCCGAAGGCCACCUCACCGUCUUUGCGAACGGACAUCACAAGCCAUGCCAUCGCAACAACAAUGCUGCUCAUGAAUCUGGUGCUCCUUAUAAGCUGCCUCGCUCGCACACUACCCAGUCCAUCUCGACCAAAAACAACGCUCGCCGUUCAGUAGACAGUCUUGCAGCCGUCGCAUCUACACAGCCACACUCUUGGUUCCAGUCCUCUGUGUCUGCUCAGCCUUCAAACACCAAUUCUGGCCAAGCCUCACCUGUAUCAGCAAUCACCAUGCAGGCCGAAGCCAUGCAGCAAGACAUCAAGUCCUCGACCGACGUGCAGUCUCAAUACCCCGUGUCGAGUGUCUCAUCAAGUGUUCCGACCUCUUUAUUCGCCGACUUUGGCUUCCCGAGCACCUCGUCUGUUGGCACCACUACCACAGAGGCGUCUAUGCCAUCCUUCUCCUUGCCAAGCUCAGACCUCAACAUGAACACCGACUUCUGGAACAACUUCGACUGGUCCAAGGUCGACACCACUUCCUUCGAUGUUCAGCCUGCUUUGACGAACACUUCCUCGGGUACCAUGUCCGAAGUCGAUGAGAUCCCAGUCGCCGAAGACAUCACCACUUUCGAUAACAACCCCUACUCGAUGAACAUGCAAGGCCUUGCAGGUACCAAUGCCAACAACAGUACCACAAACUUCGACCUCGAUUUCUCCGUGCCCACUGGACAGUCAAACCGCUGGAGUAUGCCCGUUUACUCCAACCCGAACACCAGCAGCAUCGAUUUAGCCGCCAUGACUGCCGACACAUUUGCCAAGCCCAAGCAGUCCCCUGAACAGUCCAUGUCAUUCGGCCAAUUCUCUGGCUUCGAUAUGUCCUCCUCGGUCCAGUCUCAAUCACCUGCCCAAUCUCAGUUCCAGUGGGACCCGGCAAUCAUCGAUUACGCCAUGGGCAACAGCACAGAUAACAACGCUUCUCUUGCCUACUCGGUAGCUGGUUCCUCUGGUCCUUCGAUGGCUCCCACUGCAGCACCUUCUCCAAAGUUCAAUGCGGACAACUCGAACAUUAACGACCAAUUCUUCGAUUUCGAUAACAGCUCCAAGCUGGUCAACUGGAAUGACAGCAUCAUGGUUCCUGCCGGUCAAGACUUCCUCAACACGUACAACUACGAUCAAAACUUCUCGACAAAUGAUUUCAACAGCCAAGGCUGGUCAAGCUAACACUUGUGGCAUGCCUUGCAAGGCCAGUCAAAGUAACGCGCGCUUCUUUUGUCUUAGUUCUCGAUUAACGAUGCUGAUGAUUUAUGGCUUAGAGCCUCUCCUAUCGUCUUUCCUCCAAGUUUACCGUAUUAGCGUCGUCAUCUGGUGGCAGGGUCUUCUCUUUUCUUCUGGGUGAUACCCUCCGAUAACAUCCUUUGUUGUGGUUUCC